UGUUCAGCAUAUGAAGCAGGAGAGGUGUCUGGAUCGCUCUGUUCUGAUCUUUGCGAACAUAAUAAAAUUCAGCUUGGACAAUGUCUCUCAACGGUGCCUGAAAAGCAAAUCUAUGAAGCAGACUGGGAGGACAAGCAAGUUAUACUUAAAAUCAAUGUGACCUGGUUCAAGGAGUUCGGUACACGCCAGGACAUGAAAGACAACGAUGCAGCGGCGAUGUAUAAGAACGACGUUUCCGCGAGAGCAAGAACGAUGUUUGGAGAUUGCUCUCAAUGCCGCAAACUAACAUCUGCUUUAGCGAUUCUUGGAGAUGGAAACAGUGAUGGGAUAGUGACAGGUACCGAGGCCAAAACAUUCAUUUCCUUGCUGCAGUUAAUAGAACCCUUGAUGUUGAUAGCUUUAAAUGACAGCAAGCACACUGUGGAUGUCUAUGGGUAUUGUGGUGGGCUGUACGCAGUCGAGAAAGUGCCUCUUAUCGCCUCAAAAAUAUUUGGAACUACCUGGGAACUGUUGGAACUACCCGGGGAUGUGUUAGAACCACUUCAGGUUACUUUCAAUUACUACGUCGGAAAAAUCGUUCAUGCUGCAGCUUUUUAUGCGCGAUAUGCCGAUGCAAUUUUAAACAGGACUUUCGCUUUGAAUGAUUACCCUAUUUUUUCUAACUUCUUUUCGGUACAUUUUCCAAGCAGAAGGGAAAAAUUUCAGUUUGCAUUUUCCUUGCUCGAUACGAUAAUGAGCCUGUCGGAACAUCCUUACGGCCUAGUGCAGCAGUGUGACGGACACCUAGGAAAUUUUGGGAUCACUAGCAACGCAUCUGUCAAAAUUAUUGAUUUGGAUUUGUUGUUUCCCUAUUUUUACAUUAAGGAUCAUCUGGAGCGAAAAGAAUGUCUGUCAGACGAGGUGUGUUGGGUAGGAAAUAAUCGCUUUUGUUUGUCAACUUGUGAUUCCAGGAAGGGAUUUUGCUCAUCAGACAUGCUGUACCAAGAUUUACACGUCGUUUGCGAAGGUUUUUUACCUCAAAUCUUCGAUGAUUCUGGUAUUGUAGAAGCAAAAGGACAUAACAAUACUGUACUGAGACGGGCUAUAGAGGGCCUUGGCUCGUAUUGCAGUAAACUACCAUCGGUGUACUCAUCCCGUGAAAUGAGACUUAGGAUCCUUAAUGUCAAAAAGAAGCUUCAAUCGAUU